CUCGUGCUACCAGAAGCAGGUCUCUAUGUAAGAUGCAACAAGCGUUUGAAAUUUUGUCUACUCGCCCAUUGGAUCUACUUGAUGACCACCUAGUCUCUCUUUCUGCAUUGUACAGCCUGGUUGCAUGAGGGAAGAUAGCGUGCAUACAACUUCUGCUCGGUGGUCGUGCAGCUUGGAUACAUUAACGUGUUGCCAUCAGCCUUGGUCGAGUGUGGUGGUAUCACUUUCUCUUUAUUUCUAUGUUUGUCUUCUUUAUCCUGGUGUCGGCUGGUCCAGAGAAGGACAGCUACUUCUGUGUAUCCUUUCGCUUCAUCUUUUCUUCUCUCUCAUAUUCCCCUUGGUUAAAGCCACCACUCAGACACUCAACCAUUGACUAUAUAGCCUGCGAGCACCCUAAUUCAGACCCGUGAGGUUCACGAUGCACCACACAUCAAUUGAACCACAAUCAAAUCAUAGAUUCGCUUUUCAGUCUUGCACUU